UACAGCAGGUCAACGCACUCGGCGCGAGAGGGAGGCGGCGCAACGUGGGCUGAGCCUAUUUGCGGCGGAGACGAGCUGCGGAGCCGCUGCCGCUCGGCGCACUCGACCUCAGCGACGACGAGUGGCGCAAAGCGAGCGCCGCCGACGCGCGGACAUGGUGACACGUGGAUUUCGAUAGGUGAGCGGACCUCGGGACCCCCUCCACCCCCACCCCCGCGUCGGAUGGAUUAACUGCCCGUCGCAUGGGUGUGUAUCGGCGUGCCGGAUCCGCUUGGUUCUCGUUUCCACCCCGGGACCCGGCGAUGCGCUCUUUAAAGGAAACGUGUUUCGCAGAGACAUCCGGGGAAAGCAUCCACGCGCGGCUCCGCAUCCAGAUAUGCUCGUGACCGCACAAAGCCCUUUUCCACGGAGCUCCACGCACGGAAAACCGCACAUGCACGUCGGCAUGGGCGCGUCGACGCGGCUGUCUCGCUCCGGGCUGCGGCGCGCUGUCGCGCAAUGAGACGGUCGGGAAUCAUCAAGUAGACUUUAUUGACGCACAAUCCGACAAUAUGGCUGAUCAGAGUAACAUCCAGUCCGCCGCCUCCAAGAGCAUUCGGCCAUUUAAAUCCAGCGAGGAGUACCUGUAUGCCAUGAAGGAGGACCUGGCUGAAUGGCUCAACACCCUGUAUGACCUAGAUAUCGGCGCGGACACCUUCAUGGAGGCGCUGGAGACGGGCUGCGCCCUGUGUCGGCACGCCAACAACGUGAACCGCGCGGCGCACGACUUCCAGCUGUUGCACCCCGGGGCCGCGCACUCCAUGAAGGUUCCGUCCAAAGACGUCGUCUUCCAGUCGCGCAACGUCAUCCCCGGCUCGUUCCUGGCGCGGGACAACGUGUCCAACUUCAUCGCCUGGUGCCGACAGGAGCUGUGGAUCAAGGACGUCCUCAUGUUCGAGACCAACGACCUGGUGGAGCGGUGCAACGAGAAGAACUUGGUGCUGUGCCUCCUGGAGGUGGCGCGGCGCGGCUCCAAGUUCGGCAUGCUGGCGCCCAUGUUGAUCCAGCUGGAGGAGGAGAUCGAGGAGGAGAUCCGGGACCAGGAGAGCCUGCGCGCGGACGCGGGCGAGCCCCCGGAGCGGAGCCCGGUCGCCACGCACGGCGGGCGCGUCGGUCGGAAGAAGAGCAGGCGGAGCGCGGAGGAUGAAGAUGAGGAUGAGGAGGGGGAUGAGCCGGAUCCAGAGCCGUACGCCUGGCAGCAGAAGAGAGUGUUGUGUGACAUGCGAAAUCUGGAUGAGCUGGUGCGUGAGAUUCUGGGCCGCUGCUCGUGUCCAGCUCAGUUUCCUAUGAUUAAGGUGUCGGAGGGGAAGUACAAAGUGGGAGACUCCAGCGCUUUGAUCUUCAUCCGGGUCCUUCGUACCCAUGUGAUGGUGCGCGUCGGCGGGGGCUGGGACACGCUGGAGCACUAUCUGGACAAGCACGACCCGUGUCGCUGCGCGGCUUUCGCCCACCGCUACCACCAGGCCAAAGCCAGCGGCCAAGGCCAGGGCGCCCAGAGCAAGUCCUCGAGCGCCCACUCGUCCCGGUCCACCAGUCCAGGGCCACACUGGCGGAAUGACGGCAUCGCGCCCUAUAAGCCCCCCUCCGCUCCGUGUGCCCCCCCCUCCUCCUCCUCCUCCUCCUCAUCCACGCGGCCGGGCCGCUCUCACAACCCCUCGGUCCCCGCUGAGCCCGGCUCCGCCGCGGCCCACGCUCUGCUGCCGCGGCCGCCGCGGGACCGCUCGGAGCCGCGCCACCUCAACCCCCUGAGGAAUAAGGAGACAAUGAUGCCAGUGACCAGGCGUCUGUCUGGGGACAGUGAUUCCUCUACGGCCUCCUCUAAGGGAGGAGGAGGAGGAGGAGGAGGAGGAGGAGGGGGGGCCCGGUUGUCGCUCGGUGGUCCCUCACGGCGCGCUGGUGAAGAGGUGGUUCUGCUUGUCAACCGAAAGGAGGGGAGGCACGUGAUCGAGAGGCCCGGCGCCGUGCACGGGCGUCCGUCCCUGCCCCGCGCACGCAGCCAGUCGCGGGAGCGCCCCGGACUCGUUCCCGCGCUCAAACCCAACCCGCCGCAGGGACCUGCCGAGGCGGCGCGGGCGCCUCGCGCCGAGCGGGGCCGCUCCCUCGCGAGCGAGGGCCAGCGGAGGCUCCACGCGCCGCGUUCUCACAGCCAGAGCAAGCUGUCCGGCCGCACGCGGUCCAACGACGCGAGCCCCGGACCGCCUUCCAGCUCCAGGGAUGCUCUCCCACCACCUUCAGACAGGAGAGAGGACCUCCGGGUCAAACAAGCGCCCCCAUCCUCUCCCAGACCAGGUUGCGGUUUCACCAAGAGGCAGUCGUCCUCCUGCUCUAAUUCACCUAUUAAAGGGAUCCUGAACAACAGUAGCCCCAGCAAGAAGACUGUAACUGCUCCGAGACCCCCCGCCCCUCGCUCCCCCUCAGUAGGGAAAAGCAGGCUACUGCCACCGGUCACCUCAGGGGGUCGGCGUUCGCCACACUCAUCACCCCGCAACUCGCACCAUCACGCCGCCCGGCCCCUCCGGACCCCCCAGGGCCCGCGCUCUGCCGGGCGAGGCCACCACAGGAACUGGUCGGAGCCUGAGGAGGAAGGACCGGACUUUAGCUUUCAGAUGCUACCAACGCUGGAUCCCCAGAGGGAGCAGGACCUGUAUCGCAGCUUCGAGGCUGAGUUUUUGGCCAACACGCAGCAGGCUAGAGAGGUGGGCGGUAAAGCUCCCGGACGCGCUGACCCGCGCGGAGCUGGGACACAUCCCGCGCCAGCGCUCGCUGAUGCUAAUGUUACUGACUCGGCCUAUUCCUCCUCGAACUCCUCCACCUCCUCCCUGAAUGUGGGGGCAAAAAUGGGACCUCUCCCUGACCUCAGAGAAUCCAAGAGAACUAAUCCUCGUCAUUUCCCACCAGAUGACCCUUUAAAUAUACUCUAUGGCCAAAGUUUCGGUGCACCGCAUCAGGGAGAGCCUGUAAACUGGGGGGAGCGAGGUCUCAAGAAGCUCCCGGCCAUCUGUAGCUCAGUGGAGGAGAGGGAGCCUCCAUCUUCUCUUCCCAGCCUUGGAGGAACAGAGUCAGAAGGCUUAAUGAAUCAGUUCUCAACACGGCCUACUUUCCACUGUAGGAACAUGAAUGGAGAACUCAGAGGCCAGCAUGGUCAGCCGGGUUGGGAGGCAGGAGCUGAAGGAGACGUUCCCCUAGAGAACCACCAGCCCAACCUACCGUAUGACUUGGACAAUGAGGACGAGAGCGACGGCCUCCCGCCCCCCGAGGCCUGUCCGUCGCCGGUGCCCCUCCCGCCCUCUGACGACGGCUCCUUCCAGGACUCCUCCAGCGAAAGCUCCUCCAUGUGCUUAAGCCUGAGCGAGUCGCGCUCCGACUCCCCCCCACCGCCGUCGCCGCUGGCCAACGGCGACGCGGACGCAGAAGCGCUGCAGACUAAGAAAGGGCAGAAGAAGACAGGGAGUCUGGUCCCGAUCGCUCAGCACAAACUGAAAACCCGGAUCAGGCCUCGUGUUGACAACAGACCGGACAACAGCCCCUCGCGAAUCCCCACCCCGGUCACUUACAGAGAUCUGCAGGCUCACAGCAACCGCUCCCCGUGCCACACCCCACCCCUGUCCCCCCCGAGCCCCCGCACCGCUGGCCCUCCGGCCACAUGUAAGAGCCUGCACCAGGCCUUCACCGACAUGAUCCACCCCCAGCCACGCUCUGCAGCCAUGGGCAACAAGGACUGCUCCUACCCCGGACAGUCAGGGAGCUUAGACACUGAAGCUUGGAUGUAGAACCAGCGCUUCUGGCACAAGAGGUUGUUAUAAUGACUUUGACUACUGUGUAAAAAGGAACCCAUGACUGCUUCCGCCGCAUGUCGCACACACUCCGUUACAUUUAGCUUCUCACAUUGCUGUUUUGUUGCACUUAAGCCAAACUAUUUAUUACCAAAGGACUUGUUUUUCUUUUUCCACUUACUGUCGUUUUAACGCGUGCAUGGGGAUGCUUUUGCCAGUCAGACGGCGUUCUUCUCACGAGACAUGUGCAAACGUCGCGGUGGAUGCAGAGCGACGGGGAGAGGGAGCGUAAGGCUGCCAUGUGGCUCGCCGUGGGGCACGGCAGCGUGCCGGGGAUUUAAGGCUGUAGCUCCGGAAACACUAAACCUUUGGUCACAACAGUUGGCUCCCUCUUGUGGUUUGCCAUCACAGCGCCGCUCGCCUUGAAAGUCAACAUGCUGGCGUGGUCGCUGUUCCUCUUCAUACACGCUCAUAUUUACAGUACACUAAUAGGUAAUGCCCAUUAUUCUUAUGGCUUCAUCACCACCACACGCCCUUCAAGGUUCUGUACAGUCCGUUUUUUCAACUAGCUAAUGUGCAACUAGGUUUUAAGAUUAUGUUCGAUGCAGUGAAAUGCACUGAAUCAGUUUGUGUCAUUUUCACUGAGUUCCAUGUUAAGGGUUCUUCUACAUAUGUGCAGAAGUCAGAUACAUAAGAGAAUGAAUGUGUAAAUACACGUUGGUAUUUUGUGUAUAUAAAUGCAUUGAAUCUAUUGUUUAAUGUACAUAUUCACUGUAUUAAGUUCUGCGCUGCCUUAGCUAUGCAAUAUUGGUGUUGGAAAUGCCUUGAUGAUUCCCUUUGCCUUAAAACCUGUUCACAAUUUAGGUUUGAAUGUUUCGCUCAACUUUGCUAAGAGCUAUUCGAUAACACUACAUUACCAUGAAAUUAACGUGUUUGAGUGUGAAUGUGUGGCAAACGUGAUACAAAUGCCAAUUUUAAUGAUAAGUUAUACUUGAUGUAGGUGUACAAAUUAUGGUAGAGACUUAAUUUAUUGCCUCUGAAUCCAGAUAAGCCAGUUAACUUAUUCAGAAGAUUAUUUCCAGAGAUAUGGCACAAUGUGUGGUGACAUCUAGUGGCUGAAAGAAGAAAUGUUUGAUUCACCGUAAAUAAAUAUGGUAUUUCUAUGACACAAUGCCAUUAAUUCCAUACUUGCACAGUAUGGAAGAGAUAUUGCACAGUUGGUAUUGGUUUAAAACCGGACGUUAACUGCUUUGUUUUGGUGUUUAACGGGCGUUGAUUCAGUGAAACGUAUUUGAAAGUAGAAAAAGUGGUGUCAGUGCCCUGUAAAAAUCCACCUGUCUGGUGUUAAAUACUGUAUUUCCCAGAGAACCUGGGAAAAAAUAUCAGUAGAAACGAUCAAAGAGAACGUUCAUCAUCUUGCAGGACACUGACAGCAAAUGACCGAAAAGAAAGGAGUAUGCAUAUCUAUGUGAACACAUACUGUACGACAAUAUGAACAGUUCAGCAAGUGGUGUUGGUCUAACUUAUUUAUUUAUGAAACGAGGUCUGAGUGGACACACGUUACUGUACUGUAAGUAAAUAUGUAGGCAAAUCCAGAAGAGGUGGGACUUUUUAUCAACAAUAAACUGGAUAAGAGACACAAAUGUUUAGAACGGAUCUGUUGAUAUUAGAGACCAACUAGAGCUACAGUGAUGUAAUUUGUAGCUGGGUGUGGGUUUCACCUGCAUAAACGCUUUUAUUAUUGUAUUCUGAAUAAAUGAUAAUUAAAUUACAAUUCCACUUGUUUGGACAGACACUUUCAUCAUUCAAUCAUAGCACUGCUCCACGACUCUCUCUCCUCUCUAUCCCCCAAUCAGCGUAGAAGCUGAAUGUUCACCAUCAGACCAUUUCCUCAUAUUUUACUAAAAGAUCAGUUUCAGGUUUGCUCGACUUCGUUGAAUUUGUAUGUUUGAAACAGCAAUACUGCAAGAUGUCACUGUUGUUUUUUUUUAAACUGAAACUUUUUGUCAAGUUGUUCUUGUAAUAAAUAUUUCCUCUCAAGAAAA